GUGUUUUGGCACCUGGAUGUUUUUCGUCGCAGUUACCGCCGCUUGUCUGGUCACACGUGCAUGGGAAACUCAUGCAUAUUCUGUGCUCUUAAGGUCAUCUUCACCCAGUUCCAGUUCAGCGAUCAGUCAUCCCUACACCCUGAUGCUCUUAGGAAAGCUCUGGCCGAGACUUUCGUCAACCAGCAACGGUUUCAGCUGGGACACAUGGACGAUGCCGCCGAGUGUUUUGAGAACAUUUUGAGACGUAUACAUUUUCAUAUAGCAAGCAACUGCCACGAAGAUGCCUGCACCGCUCCACAUUGUCUACCUCACCAGAAGUUUUCUCUCAAUAUUGUUGAGAAGGUUGUUUGCCCAUGUGGAGCCAGCUCUAGUCCACUUAAAUUUACUGAAAUGGUUCAUUAUAUCUCAGCGAAAGCAUUGAUAUCCCAGGCCAAAGUCAUGCAGGAAACCGGGGAUAUGCUGCAUCCAGACAGAUUUGGAUUACUUUUGAGAAAUGCUAAUGCAAUGGGAGACAUCAGAGAUUGUCCUGGUGGGUGUGGCAAAAGUGUGCAGAUCAGGAGAACUUUGCUGAAUGCUCCAGAUGUUGUGAGUAUCGGUUUGGUUUGGGACUCUGAUCACCCUACAGUGGAGACUACUACAGAAGUUGCCAGGAACAUUGGCACAGCCAUUCUUUUGCAAGAUGUGUUCCAUUCAGUGAUGCAGGACUUGCGAACCCUCCCAAAGCUUCACUUAGUAGGGCUGGUGUGUUAUUACGGUAAACACUACUCCACAUUUGUGUUCCAUAGCAAGCUGCAGGUGUGGAUCUACUUUGAUGAUGCAACUGUCCGAGAGAUUGGCAAGUGCUGGGAUGAUGUCGUGGAUAAAUGCAGCAAAGGCAGAUACCAGCCAUUGUUGUUGUUGUAUGCAAACCCGAAUGCCAGCCCUGUUACUGUAGAGACUGCACCAAAGAAGAGAACAAUGGCACCUGGCUUUGGAAUUCCAGGUGGUGCUGAUGAUGAAAGUGGCUUGGACAGAUCACAGGAAAGCAUUUCAAGUCAGCAUUCCUACCACAGGUCAUGGACCCCCAACCCAGAUUCAGCAAACCAGCUGAAAAGACAGGUGCUUCUUCCCAGGGCAAGAUCUGUCACCCCGAGUGCCAGUGAGCGGGAAAAUGGGGAACCGUCUGCCAAAGUCUUUGAUCAUAGCCGGCAGCAGAGUUUUAUAAUGGCAAUGUCCCCUAAACCAGACAAGAUUAAGCAUCCACUAAGAUUUGGAGGUCAGGCUAGUAGUAGUGGCUGUACACCAGGUCCUAUGGUUGAUCAAAAUGAUGGUUUAUUCUAUCAUGGAAGUUCUGGACAACCUUUGUCAGACGAAAGAGAGAAUUAUUCAGACUAUACAUUAUCCGCCAGUGGUCAGUAUAGGAGACCUUCUAUGGAAGGUUUUGAGCCAGCCAGGCUUCCACUGACUCCAAACAUAAAAGGUAAUGAAAGAAAAGAUACCUCUAAGAAAGAGCCCAUUAGGGCAGAUGUUGUGAGGUAUCUUGAUACCUCAGGAGCACAGGACACUGCUUCAUCCAACUAUAUGCAAUACCAAACACAAGCUUAUGAUUACUUAUAUCAAGCCUCCAACCAUUCUGCAAAUGUGGCAUCUAAGAAUGGUUCAUCAUCUGUAACUUAUCAGAAUAGAGAUCCCUCAAACUUUAGGCAGAGAUCUAUUUCACAAAAUGAUGAUGAAAUUGUUAGUAAUAUGCACAAUGAAGGCUAUUCUCAGCAUGUGAUAAUCAAGCCUAUGGCAAACUCUCAGAACUACGAUCAGAUAGAAGGCCUGUCUCAGUCACACACAGCAGUACAGUCAGGCCUAGCUACACUUCCUAGAACAAAGAAAGAACCUUCAAAAGAUCUCUCAAGAACAGUUAAUAACCAGCAAGGCAUCAAUGGUCAUUUGUUCUCUGUUGAAGAUCAGAGAAACAUCCAGAAUGUUCUUGGACGUCCACCACCUGUACCAGUUUCAGCAGUGGUUGGAAAAGCUGCAGAAGCUGACAAGAAGGGAAAGAAAUUAACAAAGAAGGAAAUGAAGAAAGCUGAGAAGAAACUGAGGUCUGAACUUUCAAGAUCACAACCUGAUUUGUCUGGAAUAGUCAAGCCUUAUCUUCAUCUUUCAAACAGCAGCGAUGAUAUGCAGCAACCCAGAGAGAUUGUUGAAGAUAAAAUAACAUAUAUUAAUCGCAGUAUGGUUGAAUCAAUACUAAAGCAUCAAGGGCUGCAGAGGAAUCACUCAACCCACAGCUCAAACAGUUCCUCCAGCGCUGAAUCAAACAGCAUCAUGGGUAAACUUAUAGCCAGCAAGAAGAGUGAAGGUGGUCUUCCUACAGACACAUCCUUUGACAAUGUUUCCAUCGGCUCUCACAAGGACUCUGGUUAUGGCAGCAGUGACAGAAACAGCUCCAGCUCGGCAGGCAGUGGUACUGUGGACCCAUACAUUCAGUACUUUAUCAGUAAGAGCAUGGUGGUGCCCAGAAACAUACAUCCAAAUCUUCUUCAACAUCCCUCUCACCAGAUGAUUAGUGACUUCUCCACUCCAAAACCUCAGGUGUAUAAUGCCAGCAUCAGUCACCCUGAUGCUCAACGCAAGGACCUCGGUAGCAGAGCAAAGGAAGGAAGAAAUCAGCUUUUGUUUGAGACCUUAACACAGAGAAAGGUGAUGCACCCAAUCAAAGAGAGUAGCCAGGAAGACAUUCUAAAAGUAAUUCCUAAGGACUUGACUCCAGUUUCAACUCCAGCGAGAGUAGAAUCUCCAUUAGCCACAGAUGCUCUAAGCAAGGAAGGAAGAAUACCUAUUAUUCCUCCUAAAAAUUUUGCAGCCUUCCAAGUUUCGAAGUCAUCCCACCAGAAAGAACCAUCAAUUGACAGUCUAGACAAUGAUGAAGUGGAGAAUGACUAUUUCAUUUCGAUGUGUACGAAGGCUGAUGAUUUGAUGGACAGCUGUAUCAUUGCAGAAACAAAAGGAGAUCUAACUGGAGCUCUUCGCUACUGUGACAGUGCCUUGGGUUGUUUGAAGGAAGCCAUGAAUCAAACAGACAUUUCGAACAAGGCUCUUGUGUAUGCACAGAAGAAGCACAAUGCAUGUCUUCUCAAAUCUCGCAGUCUUUUCAAGCGCAACUCAAGCCAGGGGACAGAAGGCAAAAGGUCAAGCAUAACUAGCAGUGAUUCAGACAACAGUGACAGGCCUUUACGUAGAGCUGCAUCAAAAGAACAACUGUUGGCUGCCAGCAGGGGAUCACCGGCACCAGGACUUAUUCAGCACGGUAGAGCUGGAAGUCCUGCUGUGAAACUGCCCCUGUCUGCUGUACAACAGAAAGUUUUGAGUGUGGCACCACAAAUGAAAGAAAACAAACUUGCUGGGCCGCAGUCCUGUUUGCCCCCAGCUCAGAAUACACAAGCCUCUUAUGGCAAUCCAGACUCUCUUUCUGGCCAGCUGGACCAGUUACAAGCUCACAGACUUAGAUCUCAUGUAGCUCGAUCGUCCGCUUCUGACAAAUCAGACACUGAGUCCACUCAUUCACGGUCAGAAAGCAACAGCUCUCCAAGAUCUUCAGUCUCUGUGCCAUGCCAAGUGACUCUGGCUUCAUCCAAACCAGUUGUGCAGAAUCGGAGCCCUGCAGAAACAACUUAUGUCACACAAAGCACAUCAGUCUUACCUAUGCCGUUAGAUUCAUAUGGAGCACUACCAAGAAGCAGACACCCAAGAAGAACAUCUGAUCCUACAGGAAACUCUGAUGCUUUCAAGAAAUCCUUGAACAAACAGUCAAAUAUUACAAAUAUGAAUGGAUCUGAUAGUGUUAGUGGUGAUGGAAAUGUGCUGAAAAGAAUGAACCAGACUGAAAUGAGAGAUCUUGUAGACAACAAUGUUGUAAAUAGACAGACUCAGCAGUUUGGUGUUCAGUCUCACAAAUUCAGUAAUGGUAUGUCAGGAGAUUCAAGGCAGCAGUUGCCAGAUACAAAAUCUCAGCAGGGCCUGAGGCUUCUAAAUGACAGUGCAGGACAUGGUGGAAGUACUUAUGCCGAAAAUAAUGUAUUAUCUAACAGCCAUUCAGCCAGUGCAUAUGUUGACAGGUCGUUUCCUAAUAGUCACAGUGUAAAUGUUUCUACAAGUUCUCAUGUUUUACAGCAGCAACAGCUGCACCAGCAGCGCAGUUCUAACUGCCAUUCAACUGUCUCAUCAAUCCACAGUGCAGGUUCUAGUCCUCAGCAAAGCUCAGGAAGUGUUCAGCUUUUACAGCAACCUCCGCAGCAUUCUCACUUUAUGUUACCACAGUCUACUACUGUCAGUCAGUGCCCACCAUUUUCAUAUCAACAACAGGCGAAACAGCAGAAUUUGCUGAAUCAGCAGAAACUCGAAGGGAAAGUUGCCCAGCCUGUGUCAGGAUAUAACCAACCACUUCCUGGGCACAGAUCAACACCUGCACCAGUUCAGCAAGGAUCUGCACCUAAUGUCUCUUAUGCUGCACCUGGAAGCUCUUCUCAACAUUAUUCGCAAGCAUAUUAUCAGUCACAAAAUUUGAAACAAGACACUCGUCCCCAGUUGAACAAUGUGCAGGUUAAUUCUAGUCUAGCUGGCAGCCAGUUGACAUCACAUGCUUCAUCUGCUGUCUCUUAUAGACCCACUGAACAAACCACUGUUCAGAAAGUCAAGCAAGAUGUUCAGAAUGUCAUGCAAGAUGUUCAGAAUCUCAGCAUAAAUAGAAAAAGCAGUUGUGGGCCUCCGCCACCACCGCCAGCAAGAACAACAUCAAACCCAGACUUUAAACAGCAUCUGCCACCACCAACUUCUCAACCGCAGCAGCUAAGAUACCAUCAUGCGCAGCAGUAUCAAGAAGAAGAUUUCAAGGUUGGUUCAGGUUCCCAGCAGAGGAAUGUCGCACGAAUUCAACCCCUCAGUCAGCAGAAAUUAUUAGAAUCCAGCCCGUCAGAUAACAAGCUCAUUAGUUCAGGUUCAGAUCAUGGUUUGGGGGGCCAGCUCAAGCAUGCCACUAGUACAACUGGACUGAAUAACAUCUCCCAACAGCCUCGUCCUUUAGAGAGAUAUGCAUCCCAACCAGACUGCCAAAACCUUGUAGAUCCUGCUUCUUGUUCCACUAAAGAUCUCUACCCUUCCGCUUUCGCUCAAGGCCACACGCUGAUCAGUAGUGCUAAUGCUAGAUCUGGAGAUGGAGUCACCAAGAAUUUGCAACUGAUUUCUGACAUACCUCAAAAACAGAAUAACCUUUCCAUACAUUCACAUACAAGUGCUGACUUCCAGAAUGAUGUGGAACCAAAGCCUAAUGUCCGAGCACUUGCUUCCAGAUUUGAUCCAGCUCUUGAAAAACCUGCCAUUAAACCUAAACCUAGUUUGCUGAGUCUGUUAAGAACCAGAAGCAGAUCUGAGUCUGGCAGUAAGAAACCAAAAUCAGUUCUAAAGAGCAAGAAAAAUAAAAACAGUAAAGCACCAAGAAAGUCCGUGACCUUUGCUGAGAACAUCUCAAAUUAUGCUGCCGGGUAUGAAUCAGCAGCAGAAUUGACAUCAUUUUCUGCUAGCGCUGGUGUCAAUGAUAGGGCUUAUUUCAGUGAUGAUGAUGAUAAUUUUAAAAUGAAAACCACAGCUUUCUCUGACAAUGAUCUGGAUGACGAAAUAGAAGACAGCAGUAACAGUGAUGACAUACCAAUGGUGAGGGAUGAACUGGCAUGUCAUUUGUGUCACAAGAGAGAAGUUGACAUGGGGAAGGCCUAUUGUUCCAAGUGCUCAUUCUACAUGAGCCGUCUUGUGCAGACCUGA